AUGUCAUCCGAAACAGCGUUGUUGGGUUUUGGACUAAUUACUCUUGCACACGGUUUCUCACUUGACAACUUUGGACAACGUUCACGUCAACUGAUGGGGUCAGAGUUUCUCACUGAGACUGUGAAGAAUUUUCUUCAGUGUAAGAAUCUGUGUGAUCGCCGGUCUCUGUGUAAAUCUGUCAACUACAACCCGAAAACAAAAGAAUGUACAGCCAAUUUCCAUGACAGCCAAACAUCAUCUACACCUUUGGAUCCUACAUUUCCAGAAGUACUGUUUGCAGAGAAACGUUCUAUGCCGAAGGGUAUCGAUGUUUGUGACAGCGGCCCAUGCGAAAACACGCAAGUCUGCACUAGGAUGGGAUCUCACCCUGUCUGCUUCACAGAAGAAAUCCGCUGUGGUGUGGCCCCGAAUGUUCCCUACGCCAGCAAGACUUCGCCACGCCUCUCGGCUCAUUCCGUCUCCACCUACAGCUGUAACGCAGGCUACACCGUGUCCAGCGGAGAGACUACGUCAACGUGUGACGUCACAAGAAGAUGGACUCCGACCAACUUGACAUGUGUUGCAUAA